UUGAUACUGACUUGAGUGAAAAUCUAAGAAAUUGGAAACAAUUUCGAAAGUCAUGGUGAAAGAGGACCAUAAAUUGGAACGGCGCAUGAGUCGAGAUCAAGGCGCGCAUAAAGUGGAACAUGGCGCUCACAAACUUGAUCAUGGUGCUCACAAACUCGAUCAUGGUGCUCACAAGCCUGAGCACGGUGCUCAUAAACUUGAGCAUGGGGCUCACAAGCAGGGGCAUGCUCAUGGCAGACGAAUGUCUGUCAUAGGAAAAGAUGGCCAUGGGCAUAAACUCAAAGGGCGGGGUAAAAACCAGGCAGGAACACCAGAGAAAGCUGGUACCCCAUCCCAGGAAGGUGUGGACGAGAACCAGUCUCCAACCCGAAAUGUUAUCUGGAACGAAGAAAUCGAAAAACUUCAGAUCAAGGAGGACUAUCUCAAAACUCUCCAUGAGGCCCCGGUUCCUCCUACCGACCCAAAAACUCCUAAAUCCACCCGGAUCACAGUGAGAAAAAUGAAGCCAGCCUCAGAAUGGGACAAACCCAAACCAAAAAUAGUAACUGUGGCCAGGCCUGCUCCUGUGGAUGCCCCAAUAAAGGAACCAGAUUACUCAGGUAAAAGUGGUCCCCGCUUUGAGGAGGUCACCUGAGUCACUCAGGUGACCUAUGGGUCCUAUGAGGAGUUCAGGAAAGAGGCCAUCAAAAGGGGGGAUCUUCUGGAUUUACCAGUUUCACGAGAAGGCGAUAUACAGCCGGACAAACCGAUAUAUAGUAUGAAAAUGAGAUUUCUUUAAAAAUUUUCUUCCCUGCUCCAGCCGAACGAGAAUAACGCUCUCAUUAACUGGCAGAUGAAGAUGCUGGAGAGAAAGAGACAGCAGGGAUAUAUAUCUAAACUGUUACAGAAGAACCCAGAGGACUUAGCGAUGAACGCGGCAGACAAUUAUCGCAGAAUUCAGGAGGAGAGAUACAUUAUUGACAGGUCCAUACCCUUCAUAGAUUACGGAAAGGGGUAUCGAGUGGGCAGUGAGUUCUGGAAACAACAGGAGAGAUUUGGAGAUGAAGAGACAGGCAUACAUAUGACAUUGACUAAGUCAGAACAGGGUUACCCACCCCCGAUAGAACAUAUCGGGGUCCCUAAAUCAGUGAGGGCUGAGAAGGGUUGGAACUGGCCCCCCUAUCACACCACCCCCGUCCACUACCCCUGGCACAAAAACCCCUACCUAGAGGAACGCAAGAAUCAGCUGAAGGAGGUCAUUAGUGAACUGGAUCCACAUAGACCGGAGUUUGACAAACUGGAGGUGAUAGGGACAGCUAACCCCGUGAGUCACGAACGUGUCCAAUCAAACCUCGGGGUGAUGGAGGAGGAGGAGAGACUGACCGAAGGGGGGCUGGACAUGGACUACAUGGAACCGCCACAAGAAAUAGACGACAAAGACGAAAACAAAGAUGAAGCCGUGUUUGGACCAUCCAUCAGCUUCGCAGGUCAGCCUGCCCGCUGGACGGGGGACAGUCACAGCUACGCGGACCAGAUCGGCAUCGAGGCCAGGGUGACCUUCGAGUCUCUGGCCGGAGACAGGGUCACGUCGUAUCUGUACAUCGUGAACGACGGAACCACCGCUGUGUAUUAUGAUUGGAAGAGGAUCCCCCGAGAGAACCCCUUUGACUUGGUUCAUGCGAGAGUCCAGCGAUUUUACUUCAAUAACAGCAGUGGUGUAAUUUUGCCUGGAGAAACCAUGAAGUUCCCAUUUGUCUUCAAGUCCCCGAAUGCAGGGGUUUUCUCGGAGCAGUGGAAGUUUGAGACUCGACCGAGUUUAUGUGGGGGAGCCGCCUUAAUCGUGACCCUGAGGGGAAUCGCACUACAGGAGGAUAAAUUCCAGAAAGAACGGGAGGAAUUGGAGAGAGACCUGCAGCAGAAGCAGGCAGAACAAGUCGCGAGACAGAUCCUCUAUGACAUCAUCAGUGGAAUCAAAUCUCCCGACAGACCCUCGUCACCCAUAGACGCUUACAUCACCGACGAAGAAAUCUUCAGCAGAAAUAAUCCCAAGCUCCACUACAACCACACACUGGUGGGGGAGCUGAAGCAGCUGUACAUGGAGAUAGCCCCGGAGGAGGAUCGCGAGGGGCGGGUGUGGGACCUAUCAGUGGAGGAUCUCAAAGAUGAGAUUGUAGCCAUGGAUGAAGAUGAUGAAAGAAAAGAGAAUUUCCUCCAUCAGCUGAACACUAUCAUCUCCAAAAUGUCUUUCUGUCCAAAUAAACCAGUCAAGAAAGAUCUUUAUAAAGUGGGGUACGAACUUUUGGUGGAGGCAGUAGACAGCAUCGUUAGGGAAUCCUACGCGAUUCGUCACACAAUGGGUUUACCCGAGAGAGAAAAUGAUGAUCUUCCUGAUGACUUCAAUCCAAACUUUAUGAAAAAGUUCCAACUAAAGAGUCAAUGGAAACGUGCAUCAGUCAUGGUGAACGAGAAGAGGAUGUCCAUAUUUGGGAAAGGACCUGGUGAUACUCGCAGUAAAUCUAAAGCAGAGAACAAAGGAGCCAAGGCACCGCAAGAAAAGAAACCACCGGCACCAAAAGAUGCCAAGGCCGCCAAAGGCAAAGAGGCAAAACCAGACCCUAAGGCCAAGUCUACCCCCUCGGCCAAGAAGCCUGCGGGAAGUCGAGGUCCCUCCGUGACCCCCGGGCCUCCUGCCAGCACUGUCCCCCCAGAUAGGGAGCGUACACACAGCCCCCUCAGUCCUGUACCCUCAGGGGGUGAGGACACACCCCAGGAGAAGGCAUAUAAACAGAAACUCACUGCUCAGGCUUACCUCAUUAUGGAUGAGACUUUCAGAAGAGUUGGUGAAGUUUUUGAUAAUAUUUCUGCCAAUGAAGAAGUCAGACCACUCACAUUAUGACACAGGAGGAAAUGAACAAAGAAUGGGACGCUUAUCAUCAACUUCUGUGAUCCUGUGACAUUUUCUUUUAUUUUUAACAUUUGGUUUUUACUAUGAAAUAAUUUUUGAAUCAUUUUGUACUGUAUACAGUGUGUGACAAAAGUACUAUACCAGAAAUAUGUACAUGUAUAACUAUUUAUAUUAUAAAUUUAAAAAAAAAAUAUUGAAUGUACUAAAAUUUCACUGUGAUAUUGAAGAAAAAGAUUCCGUCCAUAUUUUUUGUA